AUGAAGAGUACAGACUGCAAUGAACAGCCAACACUUGUAAGAUCACAGUUACAUGACCCUACAGUUAACCUCCAGCAGAGGACUCAGCCUGCAAAGGACAUUGACAAGCUUUAUCUCACUGAUGUUCCACAGCUUCCGUCAGAGUAUCAGUGCCGCCAAACCCCUGAAUGUGACAGUGGAACACCUGUGACACGUCACCUGACAGCACAUCUACAGCCACAUGCUCAGUCGGUGAAGGUGUAUGAUGAGCUGUCUCUUACUCCUUAUGCAACACUUCACUCAGGACAUGACUGCAGCAAGAGCUCUGAAUGUGAUGCAAUUGAGAGAUUUCAUGCAAAGAAAAAAACACACAAGUGUGCUGAAUGUAAUAAGUCUUUCGCACGUGCCAGUGGACUGAAACAGCAUCAAGCCAUUCACACAGGACUGAAACCAUAUAAAUGUACUGAAUGCAAUAAGUGUUUCACACAGCUAGCCAGUCUUCAACAGCAUUAUGCCAUUCACACAGGAGUGAAGCGAUAUAAAUGUACUGAAUGCUGUAAGUGUUUCGCAUAUCACAGCAAUCUUCAGACACAUCGUGCCACUCACACAGGCAUGAAACAACAUAAAUGUACUGAAUGCAAUAAGUCUUUCACACGUGCCAGUAGCCUGAAAAAUCAUCAAGCCAUUCAUACAGGAUUGAAACCAUAUAAAUGUACUGAAUGCAGUAAGUGUUUCACACGGCUAGGCAAUCUUCAACAGCAUUCUGUUAUUCACACAGGAUUGAAACCAUAUAAAUGUACUGAAUGCAGUAAGUGUUUCACACAGCUAAGCAGUCUUCAACAGCAUUAUGCCAUUCACACAGGAGUGAAGCAAUAUAAAUGUACUGAAUGCUGUAAGUGCUUCACAUGUCUCAGCAAUCUUCAGGCACAUUGUGCCACUCACACAGGCAUGAAACAACAUAAAUGUACUGAAUGCAAUAAGUCUUUCAAAUUUGCCAGUGGCCUGAAAAAUCAUCAAGCAAUUCAUACAGGAUUGAAACCAUAUAAAUGUACUGAAUGCAGUAAGUGUUUCGCAUGGCUAGGCAAUCUUCAAAAGCAUUAUGCCAUUCACACAGGAUUGAAACCAUAUAAAUGUACUGAAUGCAAUAAGUGUUUCACACAGCUAGGCAAUCUUCGACAGCAUUAUGCCAUUCACACAGGAGUGAAGCAAUAUAAAUGUACUGAAUGCUGUAAGUGCUUCACAUAUCACAGCAGUCUUCAGGCACAUCGUGCCACUCACACAGGCAUGAAACAACAUAAAUGUACAGAAUGCAAUAAGUCUUUCAAAUGUGCCAGUGGCCUGAAAAAGCAUCAAGCCCAUUCACACAGGAUUGAGCAUUGGGUUCAUAAUGGAGAGAUGAAAAAUCAGCAAGCAAAGGAGAGUAAUAGUGGUGUGGAUUUCAUGAACAUUUUAAUGAGACGUAAAAAAGCACCGAUGAAUGUGUUAAAAUGA